AAGUAGGUUAUCAAUACUGGUAAGAAAAAUAUUUAUACAUUUUAUAUAUUCCUUGUGAUAGUUUUACCGAAUAAUUUGUUGCACCAAAAAAAUGAUACAAUUUAUACAAAUAAUUUGAACGGCAAGUUUUUGUAACUAAAAAUCUACUCCGUGUUUAGUUUAUUUAAGUUUAACCCUCGUAUCCAAUAAAAAAAUUAUCUGUUUUCUUUAGAUAUUACAAAUCUUCAUCAUAUAUAUGUCAUUGACAUUGUCAUUUGCGUAUUCUUUGGGCUGAUCAUAAGUUCUUCCUUGGUUUUAAUUGUCCCAGAAACGUUUUAUGAACAAAACGCAUUUUAAUUUUUGUCAAUAGAACACUCUGAUCAAAAGAUAUAGAAUUUUUACCGUCUAGAAUACAGAUUUUAUUUAAAAAAUUGAUUUUAGGCACUUAACUGCUAUUUAAAAUCAGCGGUCGCUUUAAACGUUGUUUAUAUACAUUUUUGUUCAAAAUUAUUUUACUUUUUUGUAGCAUGUUUUUAAUGUUUUCCAAAUUUUCCGUAUUUUCCCACAUACAAGGGGAGUUUUAGGGUGAAACCCAGGUGUCGGAGUAAAACUCUUUCUUGUACAUUUUUCAUGGUACCAAAAUUAACAUUCUUUGCAAAAUUUAGCUUGUUCGUAUAAUAUUUAGAGGUGCAGUGGCAUGUUAGUCUCUGAAUACUGGAGUAAACGGGCUUUUUUGUUUACAAACUUUUAAUUAUGUUAAAACUUUUAGCUAACAUGAAAUUUGCUUCAUUGUAUAUACUAGCUAGUCUGCUGGUGUUUUCAUCAGCGGUAGUUAGAUAUGAUAACUACACAUUAUAUAAACUAUAUCCAAAGUCUACUAAUGAUUUAGAAUUUCUUCAAAACUUACAAAAGUCUAAAGAAUAUAAAUUGGACUUCUGGAAUGAGCCAUCCAGUUGGAGAAAAUUUGUUAAUGUGCUAGUUUCCCCAAAGGAUAAGUACAGCUUUGAAUAUAUUAUCGGUAAAAAUAAUAUAAAUUUUGAAGUUAUUACUGAUAAUAUACAGGAAAGAAUAGAUGAGGAAUUUAGAGUCAACAAGCUCACAGCUGUAAAAGAUGGAGACCUUACUUGGGAUAAAUACUAUGAUUUGCAAGCAAUAAACGAUUGGUUGGAAAAACUAGCAAACGACCAUCCCGAUAAAGUCACUCUAAUUAAAGGUGGAAAGUCCUAUGAAAACCGAGACAUAAUAGGCGUGAAAGUAAGUUUUGGACCAAAAGAAGGCAAACGAAGUGUAUGGCUAGAUUCGCAGAUUCACGCAAGAGAAUGGAUUUCCGGUGCCACUACAACCUAUAUUCUAAACGAAGUAUUGCACAGUGAAGAUCCCAGAAUACGAGCUAUAGCGGAAGGCCAUGAUUGGUAUAUCUUCCCAGUCAUUAAUCCAGACGGAUUUGAAUUUACUCAUACUACAGACCGUAUGUGGAGAAAAACACGUACUGAUUAUGGAAAAGGACAAGAAUGUAGAGGUGCUGAUCCUAACCGGAACUGGGAUUUCAAAUGGAAUCAAGGUGGAUCGACUGACGAUCCAUGCGAUGAAACAUAUGCUGGGCCUACCGCAUUCUCUGAAGUUGAAACAAAAACCUUAUCUGAAUACAUGAGUACAGUAGUGGAUGAACUAUUACUUUUUAUAACAUUCCAUUCAUUUUCUGAAUUAAUUCUUUUGCCUUAUGGUUACACAAGUGAUCAUUUAGAUAAUUACAAUGUAACUUAUCCAGUAGCGGUAAAGGGUGCUAAAGCGUUAGCUGAAAGAUACGGAACUGACUACUAUGUUGGAGAUAUUGUUGAGUCAGGUAUUGGCAUAGCCACAGGAUCAAAUAUGGAUUGGGUUAAAGGAGUUUACCAUGUACCAUUCGCAUAUGCAUAUGAACUUCGUGAUCAAGGACGAUAUGGAUUUAUUUUACCACCAGAACAAAUUAUACCUAAUUCCCUAGAAGUACUGGAUUCCCUUUUAACUAUUUUAGAAGAAGCCGAUAAAGUGUACCAAAACUAAAAAUCAUAAAUUAUGUAAAUAAAAACAGUUUAAAAAAACGU